UUAGCUUUGCUUUUUUUUGUGCUUUGCAGGACUAGAACAGGCCUUGACCUCGUCUAACAGGGCAUCGAAAAGGUGUGUUGGGAGCGAGGACACUCCUGGCGUGUUCAAUCUGGCUGCCUCGCGUCUUCUCUCCCUCAGGGACAAAUGUGCCUUGCAAAUGCAAAAUAAGCUCCGCUUCUGGGAGGACCAUCCUGGCCCAAAGCCCUCCUGGAUGACAGAAGUCAGCGGCUGCCCCGUUCAGAUGCCCAGGCCAAUCAGAGGGGAAGCCGGGUCUGGAGAAGGAGGUGUGAUGGCAGCUGUGGACUUCCAGCCACGGUGCUUCCCCUUCUCUCGUGAGUUCCCUGCAGGCAUGAAAACAGAGGUGGCAGAAGCCCCCGAUCUGAGGAACGUGGAGGAGGGCCCUCGAAGAGGAAGAAAGGGCCACCCUUUUGUGCAGGCUGGAACCCCCAAACGGGUGACGCUGUUGCAGGUUAAACCAGAGCCAGAGGAAGGGAUGGCCCAGCCAUGGGGAACCCAGGGGCAGGAAUGGUGGAGAACCUUGCAGCCCGUCUGUUCAGGAGAGCCGUGUCCACAGCUUCGAAGUGGAGGGGAGAUCAAUGGGUUGCCACCCAUCUCCUUAGAGGACAAAUCAGGAUCCGAGCAGUGGCUGGAAGCCCCCUUUGCUAUGGGCCUCAGGGGGGAAACCAAAGGGAUCUACCUGAAUCUGGAGGGCGAAGGAGUGGAAGGGUAUGAGAAGACCAAGGAGGACUGUCAGGAUUAUCUGGGCCAAGAGGGCAUCAGCUCCGAGAUCCAGCGGAAGCGGUUCCGGGAUUUCCACUACCGGGAGGCAGAGGGGCCCCGUGAAGUCUGCGGCCAACUCCGGGACCUCUGCAGCCGGUGGCUGAAGCCAGAGCAGCGUACCAAGGAGCAGCUGCUGGAGAUGGUGAUCCUGGAGCAGUUCUUGGCCAUCCUGCCCUGGGAGAUGCAGAGCUGGGUCAAGGAAGGUGGACCGGAGACCUGCGCCCAAGCAGUGGCCCUGGCUGAGGACUUCCUGUGGGGUGAGGAGGAGCCCGGGGGCUGCUGGGAAGAAAAGGUGCCCCUGGUGUCAUCUGGAGAGGAAAAGAUGAAAGCCACUCUUGGGUCUCCAUUAGAUGUUGAAACCAGACAGUCGGACAAAAAAGUCCAGGAAGAGAAUGAGGAGAGUGAGGAUACCAGCUUGCUCACCAUUGGGACGGUCUCCCUGCAAUGUUCUCGGUCAUCUGCUCUGGAACACGCUCAGAUGACUUUUGAAGAAGUGUCCAUGUGUUUCACCGAGGGGGAGUGGGCCUUGCUGGAUCUGGACCAAAGAGCUCUAUACAGGGAGGUCAUGCUGGAGAAUUACGAGGAUGUGUCUGCUCUGGACAUCCUGACUGCAAAUGAGAUGAAAGAAAAAAGCCGUCCACGGCAGGAGGUCCCUCCUAAGUUGGUGGAAACGCCCAAAAUACUAUCCCGAAGAUCUCAGCAGGGCAUUUGCUUGACACUUGUAGACUGUGAAAGGGAUGGCUCAGCCAGUAAGAAGGACACGGGCAGGACUCAUCUGAAUGGCAUCCUCCAGCUAGCAGGAUCUGAUGGGGUCUUACUGGAAGAUUUCCAAGGGCCCCUUUCUAUGAAGUCGGAACCCUUCGAUCAGGGCUACGAGUCUGACAGACAGCAGGGGCCGCGCACGGUGAAGACACGGAGCCUGAACCUUGAGAAAGAGAAAAACGUUGUGGCAGAUAAUAUUGGCCUAAUUCAUGCUGGAGGAGAGUGCCACACGUGUCGCAAAUGUGGGCAGUCGUUUGAGCACCAGUCUGGGCUGAUUGUCCACCAGAUGAUCCACACAGCUGAGAGGCCCUACGAGUGCCUGGAAUGUGGCAAAAGUUUCUGCCGACGGGAGAACCUGCUUGCGCAUCAGAGAAUCCACCUGGGGGAGAGGCCUUAUGAGUGCCACCAGUGUGGGAAAGCCUUCAGCACGCGCUCGCAUCUGAUUACCCACCAGAGGAUCCACACGGGCGAGAAGCCGUACAGGUGCCUCCACUGUGCCAAGAGUUUCAGCAACAAGUCCUCGCUUGUCACGCAUCAAAGGAUCCACACGGGGGAGAAACCUUACGAGUGCCCUGAAUGUGGGAAAAGUUUCUGCCAGAGCGGGCAGCUGAUCCGGCACCAGCGGAUCCACACGGGAGAAAAGCCGUAUGCGUGCCCUCAGUGUGGGAAGCGUUUCUGCCAGAGAGGACAGCUCAUCCGACACCAGAGAAUGCACACGGGGGAAAAGCCCUAUGAAUGCCUUCAGUGUGGGAAGACCUUCAGCAGGAAAUCCUAUCUCGACAUUCACCUGAGGAUGCACACCGGAGAAAAGCCGUACAUAUGUGCCGAGUGUGGGAAAUGCUUCUGCCAGAGCGCACAGUUAAUCCGGCACCAGAGAAUCCACUCAGGAGAGAAACCUUUUGCAUGCGCUGAGUGUGGAAAGACCUUUUCCCAGAAAGAAAAGGUGACUAGACAUCAGCGGACCCACGUGCAAUCCAAACCGUACGAAUGCCCUGAGUGUCGGAAAACCUUCCCUCAGAAAGAUAAGCUCUUUCACCAUCAAAAAACCCACACAGGGUUUGGAAAUUUAUGAAUGGUUUUGCUGUUAAGAAAAUGAUUAGACUUGUAAAAGGUUUUUGUCUAAAACACAUUAGGAAAAAGUUUGCUGUAGUUUGGACUUUCUGAAUGUUAGAAAAAAUAUGUAAGAGAAAAAAUCCAGCUGGAUUAGGGCCCUAUAAUGCAGUUUCCUGUAAUAGUUGCCAGAUAUUUCUGGAAGAAAUAACGAGUUCCGAUCGUUAGGGAAUUCUCUGCUUGGCGUUGAGGAUAAUACGCUGCUACGCAUCAGUUAGAAAUCAUGUUGGGCAGAAAAAUGUACAACGUUGGGUCAGUAGUGGCACAGGUUAUAGGGAGCUUUUGAUCAUGAAUGCAGUAAAUGAUUUUAGACUCUUGAGUUUAAA